AUGUCUCUUUACUUCUACGAGCCAAGCUACAACUGGGACCGUCUUUUUGACGAGGCUUUUAGCUCUCGCGCUUCCCGUGGCGGUGAAAGUCAAGGUCAAAGCCAAGCUCUGACCCAAAAUUCCGAUACGACCCAAAGAUUCUUCAAACCAAAAAUGGAUCUUCAUGAAGACAAAGAAAAGAACCUUGUCACCGCUACGUUCGAGUUCCCCGGCGUAAAAAAGGAAGAUGUCCAGGUUGACGUUCACAACGGGCGUUUGACUGUUGCCGCAGAAACUAAACUCUCGGAUGACCGCGAACAGGAUGGUUACGCGGUGAGGGAGAGGAGCUUUGGUAAAUACUCUCGAACUCUGCAGCUCCCAAAGGGUGUCAAGGAAGAGGAAAUCAAAGCCUCAAUGGAGAAUGGUGUCUUGACAGUCACCUUCCCAAAAGCUAGCGCUGAACAAGCCCCGAAGAAAAUCACAGUAGCCUGA